AUGUCUCCGUGGCAAUGUGUCACCUGUCGGCAGGGCUGAUGCCUUGGCUAUGCGGAGGGAUGCUCCGGUGACGGCCCCCAAGCCCCUCAUUAGCAGCUCUCCCUAUGCUCUCCAGGGCCACACAGGGCUGGAGACAACCUUUAGGGGAGGCCCAGGCACACUGAAGGGGGUCAGGGGCGGCCUCAGCCCCACUGCAUACUUACUGACAGAUGCCCAACUACAAGCGUGCCACGCUGCAGGACGAGGAGGGGCCGGAGCCGGCGGGGGAUGGCAGCGCAUCUCCCGACAGCGUGGAGGUCCUGCUCCUGCCCAGGUGGGGUUUCGGAAGGGGCCGGGGACGCUGCUGAACCGCCUGGCCUCGCGCAGCCAGCUGGAGCUGGUGCUCUGCGCCGUCGCCGUCUCCUUGGCCCUGCUGCUCAGCGUCGCCGUCGUCACUCUGGCCAUUCAGUACCGCAGAGAUCCCUCUCACAGCACGUGCCUGACGGAUGCCUGUGUCCGGGUGGCCAGUAAGAUCCUGGAGGCCCUGGAUACAGAGAUGGACCCAUGCCAGGACUUCUACCAGUACUCGUGUGGGGGCUGGAUUAAGAGGAACCCGCUACCCAAUGGGCGCUCCAAGUGGAGCACCUUCAACAGCAUCUGGGACCAGAAUCAGGCCAUCAUGAAGCAUCUCCUAGAAAACGCCACCUUCAACUCCAGCAGCGAGGCAGAGCGGAAGACACAGCGGUACUACCUGUCCUGCCUCAAGGAGCAGAGGAUAGAGGAGCUGGGCUCCCAGCCCCUUAUGGAGCUCAUCGACAAGAUUGGGGGAUGGAACAUCACUGGCUCCUGGAACCAAACCAGCUUCAUGGAGGUACUCAAGAGUGUGUCAGGCACAUACCGGGCAACCCCCUUCUUCACAGUGUAUGUGGGUGCAGACUCCAAGAGCUCCAACAGCAACAUCAUCCAGGUGGACCAGUCAGGGCUUUUCCUCCCAUCCCGGGAUUACUAUCUGAACAAGACUGCCAAUGAGAGGGUUCUGGCAGCAUACCUGGACUACAUGGUGGAGCUGGGCACACUGCUGGGGGGCACCCCAGAGCCCACCCGCCUCCAAAUGCAGCAGGUGCUGGACUUUGAAACCCAGCUGGCCAACAUCACCGUGCCCCAGGCUGAGCGGCGAGAUGAUGAGAAGAUCUACCACAAGAUGAGCAUUGCUGAGCUGCAGCUGCUGGCCCCUGCCAUUGACUGGCUGGAUUACCUGUCCUACGCCCUGGCCCCACUGGAGCUGGCAGACACAGAGCCUGUGGUGGUGUAUGGGGACACCUACCUCCAGCAGGUCUCUGACCUCAUCAAUGACACUGAUAGAAGCAUCCUGAACAACUACCUGAUCUGGAACCUGGUGCAGAAGACAGCCUCCAGCCUGGACCAGCGCUUUGAGACAGCCCAGGAGAGGCUGCUGGAGACACUCUAUGGCACCAGGAAGUCCUGCACGCCCCGGUGGCAAACCUGCAUCUCCAACACGGAUGACACAUUGGGCUUUGCACUGGGGUCUCUCUUCGUCAAAGCCACCUUUGACCGGGACAGCAAGGCCAUUGCUGAGGAGAUGAUCAGCGAGAUCCGUGCAGCCUUUGAGGUGUCCCUGGACCAGCUGGACUGGAUGGAUGAGAAGACCAGGCAGGCUGCAAAGGAGAAGGCAGAUGCCAUCUAUGACAUGAUUGGCUUCCCUGACUUCAUUCUGGACAACAAGGAGCUGGAUGAUGUCUAUGAUGGGUAUGAGGUCUCUGAAGACUCCUUCUUCCAAAACAUGCUCAACUUCUACAACUUCUCUGCCAAAGUGAUGGCCGACCAGCUCCGGAAACCCCCGAACCGCGACCAGUGGAGCAUGACCCCACAGACUGUCAAUGCCUAUUACCUGCCCACCAAGAACGGGAUCGUCUUUCCUGCUGGGAUCCUCCAGGCUCCCUUCUACGCCCGCAACCACCCCAAAGCCCUUAAUUUUGGUGGCAUUGGCGUGGUGAUGGGGCACGAGCUGACCCAUGCAUUUGAUGACCAAGGACGGGAGUACGACAAAGAGGGAAACCUGCGGCCGUGGUGGCAGAACUCCUCCCUGGAGGCCUUCAAGAACCGGACGGCGUGCAUGACGGAGCAGUACGGCCGCUACACCGUGCACAGCGAGAAGGUCAACGGGCGGCAGACACUGGGCGAGAACAUCGCUGACAACGGCGGGCUCAAGGCAGCCUACAACGCUUACAAGUCCUGGCUGCAGAAGAACGGGGAGGAGAAGCGCCUGCCAGCCCUGGGGCUUACCAACCACCAGCUCUUCUUCGUGGGCUUUGCGCAGGUGUGGUGCUCCGUCCGGACGCCCGAGAGUUCCCACGAAGGGCUGGUGACCGACCCCCACAGCCCCGACAAGUACCGUGUCAUCGGCACCCUCAGCAACUCCCGGGACUUUGUCGAACACUUCGGCUGCCCCCUGGGCUCCCCCAUGAACCCCGGCAAGCACUGUGAGGUGUGGUAGGGACGGGGAGGGUGCUGGGGACAGAGGGGAUGAUGCUCUGCUGUGUCUCCCCUCCCCAGACCUCAGUGGCAGCCGGAGCUGGCCACGGGCAGAGAGCAGUCCCCCUCCUGUGCUCACACUGCACACCCCAGCUCUGCACCCUCCCCGGCACACACGGCCCCACACCAGGCACGCACCGCAGCCCCAUCCCCAGCUUGGGGCUGGACACGGCCGGCAGAGAGGCUGUAGCACCCCCAAAACGCAGCUCUGCCCCCCAACCCCGAUGUGCUUGAGUCGGGCACAGCUCAGUGUCCCCUGCGCUGCGUUCCCCCCUCAGGUCAAAGGGGUCCCAGGGAAAGCACUAGAGCCAAGAUCCCCCUGCUCCUGCCCCCCAGCCCGCCGGAGAUGGAGGCUUGGGGGCCGCCCGGCUCCGCGCUUCCUUUGUCCCCUCCCCACUCCAGCUUGGCUUCCCCAUCCACCUCUGCUGGGACCACCGGGCGGCAGCGGGGACUCUGGUGCCUUCAGUUGUGGGUGGCUGUCGCCGAGUUUAUUUAACGAUUAAAAGCAGUUUCCACUUA